CAAAAGGCAACACUGUCUGUCGAUCGCACCACUCCUCUAUCACUGCACAUCCCCUCACCAACUACUCAGUGGUGGUGGAUGACACUCAGAAUAUCUCACCUAUAGCGCCUUUAUGAACUGUAAUGACAGCGCAUGAAGAAUUCACAAUGGGCUCAUUACGACCUCUCAUCGCCAUCUGUGGGACAACCGGGGUGGGCAAGUCGAAACUCGCAGUCAUCAAUACCACGAUGCAUGGUAACUGCGGUGCAAGAGUUAUCAACGCGGAUGCCAUGCAGGUGUACUCUGGCAUGGACAUCAUAACCAAUAAGAUACCGACGGAGGAACGCGAGGCCUUCAAACGACCAGGGGAACAAUACAUAAUCACCGAAUGGGUGAAGGAUGCAAUGCGAGCUAUAGACGAAACCCAUCGAAUGGGGCAAGUACCGAUAGUAGUCGGUGGAACGUCCUACUGGAUCCAGCAUCUUCUGUUCCCAAAUCGCCUGAUAUCAAUGGAAAAUAGCUCACGAGGGUCUGCGGACCAAUCCACUGUCUCAGAAAACCUUGCAAGAUCAUUAUCCUCGCUCCCCUCGGAACUCCUCGACUUGUUUUAUGCAGUUCCCACCCAAGCACCGUCUGCAACGGAUCAACCCGAGCUCGCUGUGGCGCUGUAUAAACUGUGGCCACAACGAUUUCACUGGAGAGACACGAGGAAGGUGUUGCGUCAGCUCUCCAUCAUCAAGGAGUCGGGUCGCCUCUCGAGUGAGAUACUCGCAGAACAAUGGCAAGUUGCUUCACGCCCAAGAUAUCGCACACUUAUGUUCUGGUUGUACGCGAAGCCUGAUAUACUGAAGCCUCGUCUUGAUCUACGUGUCGAUCAAAUGGUGGAGCAAGGUCUCCUCGACGAAAUUCGCGACCUGAGAGCGCAAUUGUCGACUGGUUCAGCACAGACCAGUCUCUUGGAAGACCCAGAUGCGAGGAAUGAAUCUGACGAUGACUCAGUCGACGUCGAUUACACCUUAGGAAUCUACCAAGCAAUUGGUUACAAGGAAUUCCGCGAGUACCUAAGCGCUCCGGUCCACAACGAGGAACUAUUUCAGGAAGCUUUGCAAAGCAUGAAAACGGCCACUCGCAGAUAUGCAAAGCGUCAAAUCAAGUGGAUUCGGAAUCAGCUCUUGCCUGAGGCACAGACGGCAAAUUCUUGCAGUCAGGCCGAAGAGGGCUGCGAUGUAGUCCCAACCUACGUGCUGGACGCGACCGAGCCUGCAUCUUGGGAUGCGAACGUCAGAGAAGCAGCACAGGGCAUCACUGAUGCCUUUCUCAAUUCCGAUGAGCUUCCGGACCCUACGCUGCUGUCUGACACCGCCCGUGACCUCCUAGUAGAGAACAAGCCUAAAGAUAUCAUACAUCCACGGAAAGUGAUAUGCCAGGUAUGUACGCAUGACGAGGAGCGUCCGGUGAUGAUGGAAGAAGGGGCGCAGUGGAAGGGGCAUCUACGGACGCGCUCUCACCGCAAGCGGGCGAGGAAGUUGCAUAUGCGAAAGCUCAAUGAAGGCGCCCUCACUGAUGGCCCACCAGAAGGAGAGAGCAGUGAUACAUCAGAGGAGAUAUCGUACGGGACAAAUACGCUGUACACAUAGCCGUCUUACUAUAACUCGACGUCCAGAAAAUCAAUACUAUACGUCGAAGCCGAAUAUGCAAACAUCAGGACAACUAAAUGUCAUGACAUCCGCUCGUUGGUCUUCGCUGGUCUACGCAGGAAACCACUCCGACCAGUUCUCCCAACAGCAUUUGCGAUGACCCAUGGUGGUCGUGCGUUGCUCGCAUUCUCCACUGCCAUGAGCAGGAAGCGAGAGUUCGUCGAUGACGUGAAUGACACCAUUCCGUGCUACGACGUCUGUUCACGAGGAUCAUGGUUUGGUAGGCGCGAUACCCAAUGCGCAACUUCCGUCUCUGGCUGCCACAACAUGCAAUACGCAGGUCAACAGACAGCGGACAAAUCACCUUGCGAGAGAUGCUCGCAAGGUUUGGAUAACGUUGCUU